CAUUGUCAGAAGCUCCUAUUCAUCAACCGAAUCGGACCAGUUUCCGACCCGAACCCGAACCCGGUUCCCGAUUCAGCAGACUCCAUGAAAAUUUGGGUUCUGUGUUCUCCGAUGUUAGUUUGCUGAGAUUCGCACUGUGCUAAGCUCAAUUCUCCGAUCUGGGUCUUCUUCAACUUCCAUUUUUAGCUCCAAUCUCAAUAUGGACAGUGGAAACGAUGUUAGAUGUGUGUGGCUGGUUAUAGCAUCUGUUUCAAGAGUUCAGUUUUGAAGUGUUUUGGUUCCUACAUGGAAGCAUACAAAGAGGAGGCACUUAAAGCAAUAGAGAUUGCUGAGAAGCGAUUUGCUCAGAGGGACUUUGCAGGUGCAAAAAGUUAUGCUUUGAAGGCUAAAAAGCUUUAUCCCGGAUUGGAGGGUAUAUCUCAAAUGGUGACCACAUUUGAUGUUUACAUUGCCUCCGAGGUCACCUGUAAUGGUGAACCAGAUUAUUAUUCUAUUCUUGGCUUAAAACCUUCAGCAGAUAAAGAUGCUGUGAAGAAAAAGUACAAGAAGAUGGCUGUGUUGCUUCACCCAGAUAAGAACAAAUGUGUGGGAGCUGAUGGGGCAUUUAAUCUUGUGUCUGAGGCGUGGACGUGGCUGUCAGAUAGUUCUUUGCGCAGUUCUUAUGAUCUCAAAAGAAAUGCGCAAUUGGCUGCAGGGAUUAAUCAGAUGGAUUUAUCUUCAGUCCAUGCAACAGGUUAUAGUCAAUGUUCCAAUUUUUCAACCUCUGGAGAUAAGCAUGCCACUUUCUGGACAAUUUGCACCUCUUGUAAGGUUCAGUAUGAGUAUCAGCGCAAGUAUGCGAAUAAAAAACUUUCUUGUAAGAAUUGCCGUUGCACUUUCAUUGCUGUUGAAACAGGAGCAGCCCCAGCAAAUGGUUCAUUCCCAUAUUGUCCUUGGUCAUAUGUGCCUGGCAAUGGGUAUGGAAGCCAUUCAUUUGAUGGAGUGACAUAUGUUCCAACUAGUGCCGCCUAUUUCACUGGCAAUGGGGUCACAGGAUACCAUUCGGGACAUGGAUAUGAGUAUGUUCCAAAUGUUUCAUAUCAGUGGAGCUCUGCUGGAUUUGCCAAUGAAAAUGGAUCAACCACCUUAUCUGCUGAUUCUGUUAGUCAGGCUAAUGGGAAUGCGAAAAGGGGAAGACCAAAAGUUAAAUCAGGAGUUGAUAGGAAGCAUCACAUGACCGAGACUGUGGUCAAUAUGAAUUCAGAUGUGUCAUUCCCUGGUAAUGAACCACAGGAAGUUAAGCCAAGUAAACCUGAGAAGAAAAGGAAAGUUGUGGGACCCAGUUUAAAAAAUGGCCAUGAAGAAAAGGGGUCAAAAUGUGCUUCAGAAUCAACAUUGGCUAAUGGAAAUGAAAGUGUUGGACACGGCCAGAGGCUUAACUGCACAAGUGAAGUGCAAACCAAACAGUAUUCCAUGGCACCAGCUUUUGAUGCAAGAAAAUUAUUGAUUGAGAAGGCCAGGACAGAAAUAAGGAAGAAACUGGAAGAGAUGAAGUUGGCAUCUGAAACUUCUGCUGCUGCUGCUGCUGCUGUUAAUGAGAGAGAAAAAUCAAAAGCUGAAGUUGGUCAAGUCAAAAGAGACACAUGCAGAAAAACAGUUCUGAAUGUUUCUGGUCAUCAGUUAGAGCAUAGGAAAACUGGUCCAGUCUCAAUAACUGUGCCUGAUCCCGACUUUCAUGACUUCGAUAAAGAUAGGUCGGAAGAAUGCUUCAGGCCAAAGCAAAUAUGGGCCUUAUAUGAUGAGGAUGAUGGCAUGCCUCGCUUGUAUUGUCUGAUCCGCGAGGUUAUCUCUGUCAAUCCAUUUAAACUUCAUAUUAGUUACUUGAGUUCAAAAACUGAUAGUGAGUUUGGCUCAGUGAACUGGCUUGAUUCAGGCUUCACCAAAUCUUGCGGAAAUUUCAGGGCCUUGAACUCUGAUGUUGUUGACCAAGUUAACAUUUUUUCUCAUGUUCUAAUCCGGGCAAAGGCUGGUCGAGGUGGUUGUGUUCGCCUAUACCCCAGAAGUGGAGAUAUUUGGGCCGUUUAUAGAAAUUGGUCAACAGAUUGGAACAGAUCUACACCGGAUGAAGUGAGGCAUCAAUACGAAAUGGUGGAGGUGCUGGAUGAUUACUCUGAGGAACUUGGUGUUUGUGUUAGUCCCCUUAUUAAGUUGGCUGGAUUCAAAACUGUAUACAAGAGGAAUACAGACAGAAAUGCCAUUCGAUGGAUACCAAGAAGAGAAAUGUUGUGCUUUUCACACCAAGUGCCUUCAUGGUUGCUGAAAGGGGAGGCAGAAAAUUUGCCUGAAAAGUGUUGGGAUCUUGAUCCAGCUGCAACCCCAGAUGAGCUCCUUCAUGCUGCUUCAGAAGUAAACAUUUCUUAGGCAUUGGUGAAACAAUUUAUUUAGAAACACAUCAACAUUAUUCCAACAAAUGUUUUAGAUUUAACUGUACACCAUGUUACACCUAGAUAGAGUCCAAUGAGAUGUUAACUACUAAUGUUUUUAGUGGUUGAAAUUUUAUUUAGUAACAUCUUUCUAGAAUUUCAGAUCUAUUGGUUGCUUGUUCACUGAAGUCUUCUUGUAACUCUCUUGUAAGGGGUGUGGACAGAUUGGCAUUGUUUCUGCUACCUGUAACUGAAUUUCUGGCUAGGAUUUACAGGUAAAGAAUUGAAGUCUGAAAGCAAUUUUAAAUUUGGAUAGAGACAACUUUGAGAGGACAAAAAAAUUCGGUGACUAGAAUUGUUGUGUUGU